AUGAGUCUGGGAAUCAUGGAGGAGGAGGAUCUGGCCGAGUACUUCCGGCUGCAGUAUGGGGAGCGGCUGCUGCAAAUGCUACAGAAGUUCCCCUCCAUUGAGGAGCAGUCGGAGUCCCCAUCCAUCCGGCUACUGGAGAAGAAAAAAGAGGCCAAGAUCAUGCACAGUGCUAUGGAGCAGAAGAAGGAGACAUUUAAACGCAAGAUGGAAGCCUUGAACCUGCGCUGGGAGGAGCUGGGCAUCAAGGAGGCCCAGCUGAAGGCCCACAUCCAGAAGUUUGAGCAGUUCAUCCAGGAGAAUGACCAGAAGCGGAUCCGUGCCCUGAAGAAAGCCAACAAGGAGCGAGAACUCAAGAGGCACCGCAUGCGGGAGCUGGCAAAGGCCAAGCAGGAGAUGGCGGCCUUGCGGCUGGAACACCAGCGGCUGAGCGCCAAGCUGCAGGACUACUCCAUCUUCAACAAGUACCUGGAGAAGGUGGUGGAGAGCUCUGAGUUUGAGGAGAUACACGAGGUGAUCGCACGCUACAAGACGCUGGUGAGCAUGCACCACGACCUCAUGCAGUCGGCACAAGAAGGCCAAGAGAAGAUCGAGCGCGCCAAAGCGCGACUGGCACGCUACAUGGAGGAGAAGGACGAUGAGAUCCUACAGCACAACAACGAGCUGGCCCGGCUGCAGAUGCGCUUUGACCGUGCCCGUAGUGAUGUCAUUGUCUGGGAAUCUCGCUGGGCACACAUCCAGAACACUGCAGCCAAGAAGACUCUCCUGCUUGGCACCAUUAAGAUGGCGACACUGAACCUCUUCCAGAUCGUGAGCAAGCAGCUGAAGGAGACAGCUAAUGUGUCCCUGGAUGACACACACAAACAACUGGACAUGAUCCAACAGUUUAUCCAAGACCUGUCAGACAUCUGGGCAGAAGUGAAGAAAAAGGAACAGCAGCAAAUCCGGGUUUAA